CAGUGUCCCCUCUUUCUCCACCAUACUAUAUCUAUAGUCUUGUGUAAAUCUAUUCUAAAAGUUUAAUUAAGCUACACCAAAUGCUUUGUGAUAACGGAAUCCAUCUUACCACAGCGUAUCAUAUAUGUAUAUAUUUCAAAAAUGUUACAACCGCUACAGUAACAUUUAUUCAAUGUCAGAGUUUACCUGCACUAAGAGCCUUAAGUGCAUACAACGUUGGAAAGUCAUGGAUGGCAAAUACGACUGUGCAACCAUGCUUAUUCCCAAUGACACUAGCGAUGAAGAAGCCCCACUAUCUAACUGUACCAAUUCCGAGUUACGUUGCCAAUCUGAAAGAAAUUCCACUAAAUGCAUUCCACGUGAUUGGGUUAUGGAUGGGGUACCUGAUUGUGGUCGAGGAACAGACGAGUUGACGGCAUUGGUUUGCGACCAAGAGAAGGAAUUUCAGUGCGUUUGGAACGGCCGAUGUAUUCCAAGAUACAGAGUGAAUGAUGAUUAUAAAGACUGCGAAGACGGAUCGGACGAGGCGAUAAACAUAACUUGCUUGAAUACUGAGUUCGCUUGCUUAGGAAUAUACAACUCUCCUAUUAGUAUGGGGAGACGGUGUAUACCGAAAACUUGGCAACUAAACAAUAUCACCGAUUGUGCCGACGAAAGCGAUGAAUUUACAGCACCGUUAAACGGUUCU